CUAUUAUCGCGAACCAUUUAAGUUUUGCAUUGAAAUUUGUAAAAUUUUGUGUUUAGUUUAAAGCAAGCGAUGGAGGGAUUGCUGAAGCAAACUAUGAUUUCAGGAAUCCCUUCAAUAUAUGUUAAAUGAUUCAAGUUACAAAUAAGUGAGCCAGCAAUCGAAAUAAAAAUAAAUCGAACAAAACAAUAAAAAGUUUAUUUAAAAAGAGCGCCAAGUGUAGUUAUAGAAUGGUAAAGGUUAGCAGCACCCUACUAUCGAUAGGUAGGCUAUCGAUACGUGGAAUUGGUGUAGGGUCACACUUAACCAAAACCAAAACAACGUGCUGCGGAAUAGAAUAAUAAUUUUUGUUUUCUCGAUAAACUAAAGACUAAGUAUGCCACAGGGAAAAUUUAAGAAGGCAAAACUGCCAGCCAGCAUACAGAAAAAGAAAAAUCAAAAACAGGCUCCCUUCACCCGCCGUUCAAAUGCACCUAUUCAGGCGAAAAAGGCCAAGUUUAAUGAGACCCAGAAAAUUAAGUCUGUCAUCUCGAAGUCGGUCAACAAAAGUGUGGAAAGUGAACUACGAUCCCGCGCCCACGAAGGAUAUAUCCAGUUGAGCAAGGCUCAGGAGGCGGUAGCGAAGCACCACGCAUCCCAGGCGAAGGCGGCUGCGGCGGCCAGCACCUCCAAAUCCACAGAAUAGUUUACUUUAGGACUAAGUACAUUGUUGAUAACCGAAAGACCUGCAUAUUGAUAGUAAAACCUUUUUAAACAAAUUGAA